GGGGUAGUGAACAGUGAUCAAUGACCAAGAUGGAGGCGUCGCAUGCGAGGUGCGCGUGUCCUUGCGUGGCCUUGCUGGAGGAAGAAGUCGAAUCGCUGCAGAGCCAGCUACUCCGGUACCGCCGAAAGUACGGGAACCUGGACGUCCUUGAACAGCGCCAGUCGCUCAAGGAAACAACCACAGCGACGGCCCCAGCCCUGUCGAAAUCUGAUCCCAUUCCCCAACUCACCCUGGAUGACGACUCGAACACACUCAUCUCGUCGACCGUUGGGAAGCACGUUGUCUUGGACUACGUGGCCGACUCGCCCAUGUUCCGCAAGAACUUGGACGGCUUGGAAGAGUCCACGAGCGGCUUGCGGGGGUUCAUGAAGGAACUCAUGGCGCGGACAAAGGACUUCGUCGCGGCUGGCAAGGUUCUCGGCAUCAAGGAGAUCGCAUUGGCCGAGAUGUACUCGACCAAGUACAGUCGGUCGCUGUUCACGUCGUGCUACGCCGAGCUCGGCGAUCUCUCGACGCUCCUCAACGACUUCCACGACACGCUGACGCAGAUCCAGAGUUCGCGCGAGAGUAUGCUCUUGAGCAUCGAAGCGCUGCUUUACCAGCCCCUGGAAGCGUUUAUCGACAUGGAGCUCAAACACGCAGCCGACUUGCGCAAGGACGUGUCCAAGUCGAGCGACGAGUACGACGCAUUGCUCGGCAAGUUUCUCAGCAAGCCCGUGUCCACCGCACCCCUCGGCAUCACUCGAUCCGGGUCGUCCUCGGUGCUGGCCGACGACACCGCCGCAUCCUUCUCCCGCCAGCCUUCGUCCUCUACCAUGUCCCCGCCAUCAACCUCCUCCUCAACCACCACCGUCGACAAAGCGCUCACGGCCGCCCGAUGCAAAUUCGAGCUCGCGCGCUUCGACUGCGUCCGGUACUUCAACGCGCUGGACGCCAAGAAGAAGUUUGUCCUCGUCGACGCAUUCAACUCGACGUUGUACUCGUACUUGGGCCACUUCCACGCUUGUCAUGAGCUCGUGCAUGCGAUAGAGCCAACGCUGCGAGCCCGACAGCGCGCUUUGCAAGACGCCCGCGCGCAGUACGCCGCGGACGACGCCAUGUUUGGCACGCAGAGAGACUUGCUGCAGUCGCGGCUGUCGGCGUACCCCUCGCACGUGGGGCUGCCGGUGGAAAUCCUGUCCCGAGCCACCGCCGCCAGCCGCGUUCGAACCAACACCAAUGACGUGGCAGGUCCACAGACCAGCUCGUCGUUGGUGGACAAGCAAGGGUACCUCCUCGUACGCACCGGGUCUUCGUUCUCGGCCAAAGCAUACAAGCGCGUGUGGUACCAGAUCCAUCGGGGCAAACUGUACGCCAUGCAAAAGAACAGCAUGGAGCUGUCCAUCGUGUGCGACCUCAUCAUGUCCAAAGUCCGAGUCUGCGGCAAAACCAAAGACCUGGCGCUGCCCUACACAUUUGAAGUGCUCGACAACAACCAGACCAAGCAUGUGUUGCAGGCCGCGAGCGACGCCGACAUGCACGCGUGGAUCGACGCCGCGACCCUCAGCACGGAGCGACUCCUCGGUGAGCAGCCCCUACACGACAAGGACGUCCACCCUGGGCACGCCGACGCCGUCUACGGGCUCAUGGAGGCUAACCCGUCGUGCGCAGACUGUGACCAGCGGCCGGCCGAGUGGGUUUCAAUCAACAUUGGCGUGUUCUUAUGCAUCGAGUGCUCGGGCAUCCAUCGGAGUCUGGGCAGCCACGUGUCGAAAGUGCGCUCGCUGGCGCUGGAUUCGUGGGACAUGUCCCUCUUGACGUUGCUCGCACACUUGGGCAACGCCCCCGUCAACGCAAUAUGGGAAGCCGAGCUCGCGCCAGGAUGGACCCGGCCGGUGGCCACAUCCCCCCGCCCUGACAAGGAAAAGUGGAUCAAGGCCAAGUACGAGUUUCGGGGUUUUUCCACACACACGACGGACACGGCGUCUGUCGUGUUCAGUCGGUUUCUGCAUGCGGCCGCCACCGGCGACGUCCGCCACCUCGUCCAAGGCAUCGCCCACGGCGUGGACGUGGCCCAGAAGGACGGCGCGACAGGACGCACGGCGCUCCAUGUGGCGGCCGCGGCGGGCCAUGAGCUGGCGUGUGAAUACUUGCUGCAGAAUGGCGCGUCGCUGGGAGUGACGGACAAGCUAGGCCAGCUACCGUCCGACGCCGCCAAAGGCGGUGGGUUUGACGCACUCAAACUUGUCUUGUUACAGCGGAUGCAAUAGUAAACAAGUAGAUCGUCCUUCCGACAGCAUACACACCUCCAUGAUAACAUUGUGAUCAUGUCCGAC